AUGGAAAAACAUCUCAAUAUAGAAAGUGACGAUGCUGAAGACAACUUUGCGACAUCUUCAACACUAACAACAACAUCAUCAUCAACUUCAAAUAAGAGGAAGAGAAUUGAAAGUGAUGAUAAUAACAAUAUCAAACAUCCAAGUUAUAGAGGAGUAAGGAAGAGGAAUUGGGGAAAAUUUGUGUGUGAGAUUCGUGAGCCAAAGAAAAAAUCAAGAAUAUGGCUUGGAACAUACCCUACAGCUGAAAUGGCAGCUAGAGCACAUGAUGUAGCUGCUUUGGCUAUAAAGGGUCAUUCAGCAUAUCUUAAUUUCCCUCAAUUAGCAAAAGCACUUCCAAGGCCGAUUAGCACUUCUCCAAAAGAUAUUCAAGAAGCAGCUGCAAAAGCAGCUAAUAACACUUCAUUUGAUGAAGCUCAAGUUGAAGCAAGACAAGAAGAAGAACAUGCCUCACCUUCUUCAAUUCUUGAAUCAUCAUCAAGUUCGACAUUUAACAAUGAUGAUGAUGAUGCUUCAUUGUUUGAUUUGCCAGAUCUUUUUCCUCAUGAUGAUGGAAAGAAUGGACUUUGUUCUUAUUCUUUGAAAAAUUCUAUUUCGUAUCUAUGUGCUAUUGAAUGCAAUGUAGAAUUUCUUGAAGAUCUGUCAUUUUGGGAAAAAUAUUUGUAA